UCUAAAUUAAAAAAUAGAAACACAACAUUCACUGCGUACUGCGCCAUGUCUUCUGCGUUUGGUGUGCGUGGCAUUGGACAGAGUUUCGGCAUUAAGCUUUGUUGUUGCCGUGUGUGUACCUGUGUAAAUUUUGGUUUUGUUAGUUCACGUGUAGGACUUAUAAAAAUAUUGCAACUUGUGUUGGCUACUUUGUGCGAAGGGCUGCUGGUGCGUUAUGGUGUACCAGCUACAGAUACUAUUGGACAAGCCUUGACCAGCAUGCUGACCACGACCGCCUAUUGCUUCACAACCACAGCCAUACUGAUGAUAUGCUAUUGCUUCUCGGAGAAAUCUUCAAGCCUAAUUCGACAAUCGCUCUUUGAGACCCUUUUCAAUGCCGUCGCUUGCAGCAUGUACUUCAGCUCCGCCAGUUAUAUGGGAUUUGCUUGCGUGGUAUGGUUGCAACCGCAAUUUCUGGUACGUCCCGGUUUUUGGGCAUAUCCAGCCAUGACAGCGGUAUAUUACAUUGGAUAUACCGCUGGUAUAUUACAUGCCAUUGAUGGUUAUUUAGCUUUUAGAUAUUACAGAGGAUGUCGUUAGCUUAAUAGUUUGGUAAUGCCAAAGU